CAGAGCCAAUUUACUGGAAUCGCUCCAACCAUCUUGCUAAGACUCCGCCUCACUGGGUAUCCAUCCUCCACUUCCUUGCGACGGUGUACUUCCCCGUUCAUACGUCCACCGCUAUUUUCCAUCUUACUGGCCCCCUCGAAAGCCCUACGACGGGGUCUACUUGCCGACCCGAUCUGCCCCUCACGAGCUGAAUACGCCCGCGCUGUUAGUCCCUGCAAAACGACCUAAGUUUGUCUCUGGCUAGUCCCUCGAGUUGGGCCCCCCCCGCCGUCAUGUCUGAGUCAACUAGCGCAAAUACGCCGAAGCCCAGCAGUAGUGUCAAACUGGUACUUUUGGGUGAGGCCGCCGUGGGAAAGUCGUCGCUCGUCCUACGAUUCGUCAACAACGACUUCCAAGAGAAUAAGGAGCCGACCAUUGGAGCGGCCUUCCUCACUCAAAAAUGUUCUCUCCCCACCCGCACGAUUAAGUUCGAGAUCUGGGAUACCGCCGGUCAGGAGCGCUUCGCCUCGCUCGCCCCCAUGUACUACCGUAACGCCCAGGCGGCCCUGGUGGUCUACGACGUGACCAAGCCGUCGUCGCUGACCAAGGCCAAGCACUGGGUCGCCGAGCUGCAGCGCCAAGCGAGUCCCGGGAUCGUGAUCGCCCUCGUGGGCAACAAGCUGGACUUGACCAACGACGGGAGCGAGACGCCCGGUGAGUCUGCGGCCACCGACGAGGGCGCGACCCCCACCGGAGAGGGAGAAGGUACCGAUGGCGAGAACCAGGCGGACGACGAGGAGGAAGAGGAGCAGGAGGCUGCCCCGGGGGAUGCCCGCAAGGUGUCGACUCAGGAGGCGGGUACCUACGCGGAGGAGGAGGGCCUGCUGUUCUUCGAGACCAGCGCCAAGACGGGAGUCAAUGUCGUCGAUGUCUUCACCGCCAUCGCCAAUGCCAUCCCAGAGAGCAGCCUGAAGAGCGGCCGUGGGCCCGGUGCUGGAACGGGACAGACCACCCUUGGGGGUGCGCGGCCGGCGGAGGAUUCGCGGGUCAACCUGGGCGAACGAUCCGCGGCGACGGCGAAAGAAGGCUGUGCCUGUUGAUCCUGGUGGGAUAGUCUGGUUGUUUUGUAAAGUUUUUUCUUUUUUAUUUUUUUUUGUUUUUUUUAUAUUCUCUCUCUUAUGUUAUUUGCUUGCUCCGUUCUGUUCUCUUUCGUUCAUCGUGUCCCUGAACCCGGUUGAUUACAGGGCAUGGGGAAUGAUAUCGUAUAGUGUAAGUACUCGUUGCUGCUUUUUUUGAGGCGCGUGGCAUGGGUCAAAUUCUUUCGGCGUUGCCGUAUUAUUUAUGAUUUAUAUUUCUUCCAGAUUUAUUCAUUUACACUGUCUUUAAGAUAUCGGAUUAUUUAUUGAAUAGUAUAGUUUCG